AUGGGCUGCCCUUGGGCACAUCGUACGAAUCUAGUGCGCAGCUUGAAAGGGCUCGAAGACAUCAUCCAAUUGAUCGUAUGGGAUCUAUCGCUCGUCCAUGACAAGAAGGGGUGGGGCAUGUCUGGGAAGCCUGGAUUCGAAAAAGAGCCUUUGUAUGGCUAUACGAACUUGAGGCAGCUGUACGAAAGGGCGAACCCGGAAUACGAAGGGCGGUACCUCGUCCCGACUCUCUGGGACAAGAAGAAAGGCAGGUCUCGUGGCUGCAAGCGCGAAAAGAAGACAAUCGUGAAUAACGAGUCCAGCGAAAUCAUUCGUAUGUUCUACACCGAGUUUGAUGCGUUCAUUCCGGAGCAGCUCCGCGAGUCCAGCAAAGGCGACAAAGCCAUCUUGCCGGGGCACUUGCGCAAGGACAUCGACGCCAUGAACGAGUGGGUUUACGAUACCAUCAACAACGGUGUGUACAAGACUGGGUUUGCUCAGUCCCAGGAGGCAUACGAAGAGCACGUAUACCCCUUGUUCGCAUCUCUUGAUCGCCUGGAAGAACACCUUGGCCAACCAGGCCAUGGCCCAUACCUGUUUGGCGAUCACAUCACCGAAGCAGACAUCAGGCUAUAUACUACCAUCAUCAGGUUCGACGUUGCGUACUUCACAAUCUUCAAAUGCAACCUCAAGAUGAUUCGCUAUGAGUACCCGCGGCUGCACGAUUGGGUACGCAGGCUGUACUGGGACGAGAGCGAAAUGACCAAUUAUGGUGCUUUCAAGAAAACGGUGGACUUUCAGGCAUACAAGGAUGGCUACUCGAACGCUACGAAGGCGAAGAUUGUGCCUGUGGGACCGAAGCCAGAUAUCAUGCCCUUGUAG